UUAAAAUUUCUACAUACCAAAAUGGCCAUUAGAAAAUCAAACAAACUUCCACAAGUUGUACUUUUAAAGCAAAUAAUGAAAAAAUGUUCCAGUUUGGUUAAGAAGAACGACUACGAUGGCGAAGACCGCCUUCCUAUUGACGUACCAAAAGGACAUUUUGCGGUUUAUGUUGGAGAAAAUAGAACUCGAUACAUCGUACCUAUUUCUUUUUUGAGUCAUCCCGAGUUUCAAUGCCUCCUUCAUUGUGCUGAGGAAGAAUUUGGGUUCGAUCAUGACAUGGGCAUCACAAUUCCUUGCGAAGAAUUUAUUUUCCAAUCACUCACUUCCGUCCUGAGAUAAUAAAUUAUU